AUGACCCGAUUUCAUCAUCUUUACACUGUCUACCGAGUCAAAACACGCCAGAAAAAUACCCAAGCGAGAGUGAUCGCGCCGGCCUUUUCGCUCGCAGAGGAGGUGAAGGCGCGCGUUGAAUUUGAGCGACGGUUCGGAAUUACGGAAACUCGAAAUCAUGAUACGCAAAAUAUCCUCAUUAAACACCGCGGCUCGGCUGAUGCACUCACUCUCGUCGAAAAUAUCCUGCGACCCCUGCGCUCACGACACGUCUACCUGUCGUAUGACGAGCACGACCUCGUCACCGCGAACACACAAGCGGUCACACACGCCGCGUUUUUGAGCAUGGGGACAGCAUGGGCCGCCGCACAGUCUUACCCCUGGGAGCAGGGCCUGUACGUCGGCGGAAUCGAAACAGCAAAGGUGAACCUAACACUCAGAAUAUACUCCAAUGCAUGGCACGUCUAUGCCGGGCUUGCGAUUCUGAACCCGGCUGCGAGGGUGCAGAUUGAGCGGUAUGCGACGAGCGCGACGGAGCUGUUUAAGAUGAUGCUCGAAGGUGGGAGUGGUGGCGAGGAAGCAAAAAGGCGGUUUAGGGAGCGGGUGGAGUGGGCACGGGAUAUGGUCUUUGGGGGUGUUGCGCGCGAGGGCAGCACUCCAGGCGGCGGGCGGCGACGGCGCCCUAUUUUGUUGAGUGAAGAUGUUCUGGACCGGUUCAGCCUCGGGAAGCUUCCGCCGCCAUCGCCCGUCGACGGGUCCUCCCCCUUCUCCUCCUCACCUACUGAGCCACAGCGCCCGCCAUCAAGAUACCGCCCGAACUCGCACCUCUCAUUGCUCGCUAUGGUUGACUGCUGGGCGCACCUGUACAUCAACCCGUACACGCACCUCACGCUCGCCGCGACGCCGCUCUUCCGGCUGUUCCUGGGUGUUGCGGAGCACCUCUUCCUUUCACCUACGUCGCUCCUCGAGGCGUCCAUACAUUCCGCGCUGCACGACACAUGGCACCGCGCGGACGACCUCGAGUUUGUCUGUGCCGCGCGCGGGUGGAGUCAGUGUGUGAGCUUUGGGAGCUUCGAGGUGUAUAGGCGGAGAUUUGAAGAGACGCGUGCCUUCUUUGAAGGGCGGUUUGAGGAGGUGGGGAAAGUUGGCGCGGAGAUGAUCAGAGCUGUUAUGGAAAGUGAGAUCAAGAGGGAGGAGGAAGAGGGAGUUCAGGGCAACACUGUAACCGCGGCACCCGUUCGUGCGCGGGCUAACAUCGGGUCCAUGAUGCAUGACCCGUUUCGAAGCUUGCAGUUGAUCAAGCCGACGUCAACAUCCAGCAGCCCUUUGAUGCACUUGGUGCUGCAUCGCACCGACUCGGACAGCACAUGGCUCUUCACACUUGAGCGUGACCUCACUGCGAUUAAGCAUCCCACAGGGACUCACGAGAAUCGCGCCUUGUGA